CCAAAAUUAUAUUUUAUCCUCACACCCAAACAAAAACAGUUGGUAUAGAAAACAAACGAACAAGAAACUGAUUUUAAAUAUUAAGCUUGCAAGAGAUGUCUAAGAAGAAGACAAAGAGGAACAUGAGUUACAAGAGUCACUGGCCAUAACUGAUGAUAUUAUUCAUGUUAGAAACAAACAGAUCAGAUUAGUGACCCAUGUUCUUCUCACAUGUUCCCACAUCGUUUACCCGAUAAUUCCUCUGCUCUUGCGCUUCUCUGCAAUAUAUAUAUAGAAACCCUCAAGAACCCUAUAAUAGAGCAUCUCAAUCCAAUUUAGAGUUCUGAAAAAAAAAAACUAAAAUUCAUGGAAGGUUUGGAUCCGGUCUUCAUGUCUGAUCAAACUACACACCAACCAGUCCGAUCCGUGAGUCUUCCUUCAAGAAUCCAUCCACUCUCUGUUAAACUCAGAGCAGCCUUGAACCGGCUCAGCAUCUGGCGGAGAUCUUCUUCCUCAAUCUCGGUUUCCGCUUCUUUUGGUUACGAGACGCUUCUCGUUGGACUCGUGAACCUCACCGAGUUCUACGGUUGCGUGCAUGAGCUACUUGAGUCCUCUUACGUGAAACACACUCUUCUUCAUCACCAGGAAGGAAAACUUCUAGCAGAUUCUUUAGAUGGAUCUGUUGUGUUGCUCGACGUGUGUGAGGCCACAAGGGAGGUGAUUGUCGUGAUGAGAGAACACGUGGCGAAUCUCAAAUCUGCUGUUCGUAGGAAAGGUGGCGUAGUAGAGAAGGAAGUUAAAGCAUACGUUAACUUCCGUAAGAAGGCAAAGAAACAAAUCUCUAAACACAUCAAUGCACUUAAGAAAAUGGAAACCAAAAGUAUUCCAACCAACAUAGAUCAAGAAAUAGCGAUACCACCCACGAGUGUUCUGGGAGAGACAAUCGAAAUCACUGUCUCGAUUUUCAGACAUCUUUUGUUGUUCCUAUCAGCAAUACCGCCACCACCAUCGCCGGCAAAAAAAAUCAAGACCACCAUCGGGUUUUUGUCGAUUCCUUUUGUAUCUUCAUCAUUAUCAGAUAAAUCUAUGGAUUUGAUAAAGGAAAUGAAGAGUCUUGAUGGUUUCUUUCUGGGUUCUAUUGUGGAUUCAAGAAGAAACUUUGUCGAAGUCGAGACAAUGCAGAACGAGAAGAUGAGGAGAGAUGUUGUUGAAGAUGGUUUUCGUGAUCUGGAGGCAGAACUGGACUCUGUUUCCAAGUGUUUAGUUAAGAACAGGGUUUUGUUCCUUAACAUCCUCAGUAACUGUUGAGACUGAGCUUUUUUUGUCAACAGAGGUGUACAACCUUUUUCCUCAAAUUGUCGUUAAAUCAAAGUUAAGAACCAAGAAACCAGAAUCUCAAGGGGAGUAGACAAGAAAUUCGAUUUAUGUCUGUCUACAAUGAGGUUCUCAAGCUAAAAGUCUCUGUCUUGAGUAACACAACUAACUGGUUCAAGUUGGGAUACUAAAUCGGAGAAUUGAGUUCCACGGGAGAAGAGAUUGGUAGUAGUUUUUUGUUUUGGCUACCUAAUAAAAGAGCAGAUAAUGGAUUAUUGAGCUUACUUAAUAAUUCACACCCAAAUUUAUGUACACACAAUCUCUAUUUUCAAUUCACUCUUGCAGUUUCUUACUAAUUCUCCCGGUGAGAAACAGAGGAAGAAUGGUGAAACUGGAUGUGUAGAGAACUCGAUGAUCCGUUCAUAUUGUAUCACGAUCUAAAUUAAACACCAAAGAGCUUGAUCAAGAGAGCUUUAGCUACCCCCUCCAAAUUUAAGUACCUAGGCAAAAGGAACAUCCCUUAUAAUCACUUUCGGAGCCGGUUGGGCGGGAUUAACAAAGAAGCCAAGUCAGCAGCAGUUCCCAAGUAGCUGGUUUGUCACAAAGAAAGAAAGAAGCCACAAACAAACCUAACCUGUCGACAACAUUGGUUACAGGGUUUGUGUUAAGAAACACUCUAGCGAUUACUCCACAUGACUUGAAAUGAUUGUUCAACGCCUCCUUGAUCUCAUCCACAGGAAGCGAAGUAUCGAAUCCCUCAACCUCAACAU